AUGGCGGCCUUCAUUGAUACAUUCCCACCCUUUUUAUUCGUCAAUGUGGAGGACGUCGCCCAGCUACAUGUCGCUGCAUUGUUGCUUCCUGAUGUUGAAGGGGAACGCAUUCUUGCCUUUGCGGGUCCUUUCAACCGAAAUGACCUCGUUCGAUCUAUCCGCAAACUAUUCCCAGGCCGUCAGCUCUCCGAAGAUAUACCUGGUCUGACAAUGAACGAGAGUUCUAUAAUGCCUGCUGCAAGGGCAAACGAUCUCUUGAAAGGGAUGUGGGACAAGGAGUUCACAAGUUUGGACGAUAGCCUGAAAGAUAAUUUAGAGGAGUUCCUCUAA